AUGAUUCCUAAAUAAUCAAAAUCAGUAAAUUAUCAAAGGAUAUAAGAAUAAGCAAACUAAUUUAAUUAAUAAGGAGAUAGAACCGUCCAACCUACGAAAAAGACUAUUUUAGAUAUUAGCGAUUAUCUCAACUUGAAUAUGAAGCAUUCUCUGGGAAAAGGAUCUGCUGGUAAAGUCUUGAAAGUUUAUGAUUUCGAAGUAGAAAAACUAUAAGCAAUUAAAUUGUACGAAAACGAAGAUUAUUUUAACACAGAACAAAAUAUCAUCAAUAAUCUACCUGGCGGCUUACCUGUAAUACCUUUUCUGAAUGAAAAAUAGCACAAAUUUUUUUGCUUCUUACUCAAAGAUCAGCAAUCUGUAGUACCAUAAGGAUAUAGAUUUAGAAAUGAUCUCUUUAUUGAAGAUAAGUAAAGACUUGCUUUAAUAAUGGAUGUAUAUGAUGUUAAUCUAGUACAAUACCUCUAAGACACUGCAGAUAACAAUGAUUUUACAAACGAAGAAAAAAUUUACCUUGCAAAAGUCAUAUUUGCUAAAAUUUUUUUAUGCGUCUACCAUCUUCAUUAAAAUGGUUUGAUACACUGUGAUAUUUCAUUGGAUAACUUUUUGGUUAACAUUAAUCAAGAUAAAGAAACACUUUAAAUCUUUAUUAAUGACUUUAAUCAUACUAAAAAUAAUCAAAAUGCAAUAAUCGAUAAUACAUUAAUUUCUGGAAAACACUUUCCUCCUGAAAUUUAAAUAACUUCGCCAAUUACAUGUGAAAUUCACACUCCUGAUCAUACUAUUAAUGCUAAAAGACUAGAUUUCUACUCUCUUUUUUGCUGCUACUACUAGAUAUUUAGCAUCCUUAAAAUACCAAUUUAAAAUCUCGAUCAGGAUUCUUAUUCUGUAAUGAAUUAUUUUUACAGACCACAUCAAAAUUAUGAUAUUAUUUGCCAGGAGAUUAUCAAAAUAAUAUUUGAUUUAGAUGUAGAUGAAGAUUUUAUGAGGUAUUUACUUAUUGAAACAUAUGAUUUUCCUAACAGUGUCUUCAUAACAUUAUAAAACCAGAAUUAACUAAAAGAUAUUCUGUUUGAAUUAUAAAAUGAUAAGAGCAUAUUUGAUAACUUAGUAUUAAAUUUUACUGAAAAUAAAGAAAAAGACUUACUCGAAUUUGAUUUUAAAGUUUUUUAUAAAGAACAAAUCUACAACUUCAAUGAAAUCAAUUAGUAGGAAGGUUAAUAAUAACAACUUGUUGUAAAUGAUAUACAAAAGGAGAAGAAUGUUAUUAUUUUGUUUAAUCCUGAGGAUUCAUAUUUAUCCUUUUAUUUCAAUGAAAGCUAAAAUGUUUUAAUUUAAUAGGAAACAUAGUGGUUCGAAAGAUUCAAAAAGCUUGUUCUUUCAGCAAUAGGAAAAGGCAAUUACGAAAUAAAUAAUAUAACUUUAAAUAAGCCUACAUCGAAUGGUUAAUGA